AUGGAGCGCGGCGCGGCGGCGCUGAUCCGCGAGGGCUGGUUCCGCGAGACCUGCCGGCUGUGGCCGGGGCAGGCCAUGUCGCUGCAGGUGGAGGAGCUCCUGCACCACCAGCGCUCCCGCUACCAGGAGAUACUCGUCUUCCGCAGCACCACCUACGGCAACGUCCUGGUCCUGGACGGGGUGAUCCAGUGCACGGAGCGGGACGAGUUCUCCUACCAGGAAAUGAUCGCCAACCUGCCCCUCUGCAGCCACCCCGACCCCCGCAAGGUGCUGAUCAUCGGUGGUGGCGACGGGGGAGUGCUGCGAGAGGUGGUGAAACACCCGACCGUGGAGUCCGUGGUGCAGUGCGAAAUCGAUGAGGAUGUGAUCCAGGUAUCUAAGAAAUACCUCCCAGGGAUGGCGGUGGGGUACUCCAGCGCUAAGCUGACCUUGCAUGUGGGAGAUGGUUUUGAGUUCAUGAAACAAAAUCAAGAAGCCUUUGAUGUGAUUAUCACGGACUCGUCUGACCCCAUGGGUCCUGCAGAAAGCUUAUUCAAAGAAUCCUACUACCAGCUGAUGAAGACAGCCCUGCGAGAAGAUGGGAUUCUUUGCUGCCAAGGUGAGUGCCAGUGGCUGCACCUGGAUCUCAUUAAGGAGAUGCGUCAGUUCUGCAAGUCUCUGUUCCCUGUUGUGGAAUACGCCUAUUGCACCAUCCCCACGUAUCCCAGCGGGCAGAUUGGCUUCAUGCUCUGCAGCAAGAACGCAAAUACAAAUUUCCGGGAGCCUGUGCAGCAGCUCUCACAGCAACAAGUAGAGGAGAGGAGUCUGAAAUACUACAACUCUGACAUUCAUCGGGCAGCUUUCAUUCUGCCAGAGUUUGCACGGAAGGCCCUGAGCGAUGUGUGAGACAGAGAAGCUGCUUCCUUCCUUCAAGUUGGACCCUGAGAUCGUCAGUGAUGUGGUGGGGACCUUCCCAGCGGACUGCAGAUUUGCUCUCCACUGUGUGGGAUUGUUUAACCCUUUGCCAGCCAACAUUCCCUUUGAUGAUGUGUUAAAGAUGAUGGGGCAUAAGCCAGAUAAGACUAUUGAAAAGGUCCAGUGACUUAUUGCGUGAGGUCAAAACUGUUCUUUCCAGUGCUGGAAACGUAAGAUGUCUUUUUCCUUUCUCUCCUCCCUGCACCCAUUCUAAAUUCUCCCCUCCCUGCGCCCCCCUCCACCCCCUGCAACUGACAUGAUAUAUUUAUAACUGACACGUAUUUCUGUCUGGUGAUCUUCUGAAACCUGGGAAGAGUCCAGAAGGGUCACUGACUCAGCCUUAAGCACAGAGAGCGAGAGCUUUGUGCGCAAAGUUAGCUUGCUCUCUCCUAAUAGGACCUCUCUGCUGCUGAGACGUUUUGACUGGUAACGGGUCUGAGCCUUCAUGUCCCACUGCCCUUCUGCCACACCUGCACUGUUCUGCAGCACAGUUGGAGAAGUCACAGUGCAAACUGUUGCCAUUCACAAUAGGUCUCCCUCCAACCCUGAUGGAGUAGCAGUAUUAAACACCAGCCAGGCAGGCUGGCAGCAAAGUCUUGUG